AUGACAGCCACCUCUGAGUCUACAGAUCUGUCUCAGGUUCCUGCGGGAACCGCACCUGCCGGGGUGACUCCCAAUCUAUAUGGCAAUCCCCCGUCUUUACAAUCCACUAUUAUCGGAUUUGCUGCAGUGUUCUAUGCUUUGACCACAAUCACUGUCUCUCUUCGCUUUUAUUCGGUUUUUCGAAGCUUUCAGAAGGUUGCUACGGACGAUGUACUGUGUAUACUUGCAGUGAUCUGCACUUUUGCCUAUAUGGGCUUUCUUAUCCACUUAAGCUACGCAGCUCGGCAUAUGUGGGAUGUGCCUUUAUCGUGGCUGUAUAGCGACCAGGAAUACUGGCGAUUACGGCUGGCGCAGAACCUGUUCAACCCGCUCGCCUUUUUCUUCUCACGGGCGCCGGUAUUUGUGCUCUAUCGUCGUCUGUUCGAUGCGCCACUUCAUCGCCAUUUUUCUAAGGCGUGCUGGGCUGGCUUGAUAGCGGCUUUCCUCCUAUACAUCCAUACCUUCAUUCUGACGGCUGUUGUUUGUGCUCCGCGCGCGGGCCACUCGUACAUCGACAUGGACACCUUCGACCGCUGCUCGAUGGCCUUGCCGGAUGCAAUUGUACAGGGUGCAGGGAAUAUCCUAUUGGACGCUUACGCUCUAGUCCUGCCCCAGCCUAUUAUCUGGAAAUUGAAGCUAUCACGGCAGAAGAGACUGAACAUUGCCUUGGUGUUUGGCGUCGGCUGCAUCGCUCUACUAGCCAGCUGUAUUAGCAUGUACUACCGCGUCCAACUGGAAGUAGGAACUGAUACGGACUGGAACGAAGGUGCUUACGACAUUACCUCGUAA